AUGGGUGACUACGAAACGAUAGUUUUUAAUGCUUUCGUUGGAUUGAUCUUGUUGUUCGCAAAUUUAAAAGGUAAGCUCGCCAAUAUUUCGACAUAUGUAGGAAACUUUGUUUCGCUUGUUUUUUUGAAUAUGUUUACCGCCACGCACUAUAUACAGGUAAAAAUGAUACCACCACUGAACUUCCAAACUUUAUUCCUGAAAACUUUUCAGAUAUCAGGAAAAUAUUUAUGGAAGGAAAAAACUUUUCUUUUCUAAGAAAAGUUUUCUUCUUAGAUUUUCUAUUCCCUGCCUUUGGUCUAUUAAUUACCUGUAGCUUUAUUUAUAUUGCGAAAUAGCUUUAUCAGUUCUAAACUCGUCCGGCCCAGAGGAGUAUAAGCCAUUGACCCCUUAUCAAUAGGCAAUGCCAAUUUAGUUUAUGCGUGCAGGGGGUGAUGGGAAGUAAAAUUACAGGAAUUGUCACUGUGUUGUGACACCAAAACCCAGUAUUAAAACAAUUAUAUGAGUCUAAAGGCCCUGUCACACUAUUGCGUAUCGUACUAGCAUAUGCCAGCGUAUGAAAUAUAUCACUCAUACGCCGGUAUACGCGCUGACAUACGCUAGGGGUACGUUAGGCAUAGCUUGUAUAUGUUUCAAGCACGGUCGCGUACGGUGGCAUACGGCGAGGCAGAAAAUUUUUUUAAGCAUGCUCAAAAAUUUUGUACGUAUCGGACGUAUGCUUCAUACGAUAAGCAUACUCUAGGCACACGCUGAAUACGCUAGAGGUACGCCAGAUGUACGGUACUCAUACGCUGGCAUUUCAAAGGAUUUUUGUGCGUAUGAAAAUUAUUUCAUUAAUUUUCAUACGGUAAUUCUCAUACGCUUCCCUCAUACGCAAUUGUGUGCCGAGGCAAUGGUGUCAAGUAACGAAGUAAAUGUACUUCGUUACUGUAAUUGAGCAUUAUUUUUGAGAAGUUAGCACUUAGCAUGUAACAAAGUAAACUUUUUCUGGAGUACUUUCACUUGGAACGAAGUCGUUUUAAGAAGUAACGUUUUACUUCGUUAUUUUCAUUUUAUGGCGAAGUAUUUCGUUACUUUCUCACAUUUGUUUAAUUUUACGUGAUUUAUUCCGGAUUUAUUUUAAUUUUGGGAUAGGUAAUAGGACCUGUAUAUGUGUCUGGGAUCCCGUUUGUGGCUUACUUAACUUCAACGGGGUGUGGAAAGUAGACCAUGCCGUGAAAUAUUGUAUAUUAUGGUGCACGCAUAUAAUGCGUGUGCUGUUUUGUGUCUUUUAAUAAUUUUGCAAUCCAUUGGAGAAGUCCUCCCCCCCCAUACACGCUAUAGACAAUAGUACUUUGUACUUCAAGUAUUUUUUAAGGAUACUUUGUACUUUUUAUUUAAGUACGCCUGUUUUGCCUCCAGCACUUUUUACUCUUACUCAAGUCGUUUUAUUAUUAAUUACUUCUACUUUUACUCGAGUGCAAAUUCAAAGUAAUUCAGGCACCACUGGACUGAGAGGGCCUUAAAACAGAUAGUAAGAAGCAUUCUAUUUCUAUGGUCUUUCGCGUACAGUCAGUGAUGGAACGAAGAGGGAUGAAGCGCGCUUAAUACAUGACUUGUUGAAGAACUACGAUUCAGAUGCUAGGCCAGUGAAGAAUGCUUCCGAAGUUCUGACUGUGAAAGUUAAACUUGCAUACAACCAAUUACAGGAUUUGGUGAGUCACUUCGAUUGAUUCGACUUGAUUGGUUUUGAUUGGUAUUGAUUGAUACUGAUUGAUAUUGUCUGAUCACGAAUUUGUAAUCAAUUCAAAAUAUUGAAUCCUAUAUCUCCUCUUUAAAAAUUCAUUAAUAAUUCACGAGGAAAUUAAAUACAAAAGAAAUGAAUGUUUAAUCAAUGUUUGCUAAUCGGAUAAAGAUUUGUCCUGAUUUACAUAAACUUCAGCUUUGAUUUUCUCGGCUUAGACAAUGUUUAUUUUCAAAAUUACUAAGCCAAUGAACUCAUAAGAUGGGUCAUUUUUUAAGUACGAUAAAACAUUCGCAUUCGAUUUAUAUCUGAUAUACAAACUCUCUCCUCGCGAUGCAAUGUUUGCUGUAAUUUCGACUAGUUAAAAACACCUCUUUCGAGAGUUUUAUGUGUUUCUUGAUCGGUGAUAGUGAUCCAAAUAUAUUUGCUUUGCUGUUUAAGGAUAACUAUAUCUAUACUUUCUUCCUUGUUAGGACGAACCAACGCAAGUUCUUCACUCGCUCGUGUGGAUAGCACUGGUAAGUGGUUUCAGAAUAACACCGACCCAAUAAGAGAGAUGCAGUCACGAACGUGUCGUUAAGUGUUUGUCGUGAAUGAUUAUUGUGCUUAUUUCCAUAUUGUUGAAACUGUCCUGAGAAUUUCGUGCAAUGACACGAAAUUAUCUUGCGACAGUGCUGCACUGUCGUAAGUUAAUUUCGUACCCAUGAGGGAUCGUACAAGUAGCUGGCGGCAGUUUUAAAAAGAGGACCUUUGUCCCCCUCCCCUGAUCGUCGCAAAACUGUUGCCACGCUGUCGUUUUCCUGUUUCCAUUAAAAAAUAAUCGUCACGACACGUUUUUGGCCUGUCGCAACUGUCGUCAAGUCGGUCAAGAUAGAACUCGAGUCUAUCUCGACGACACUGUUGUGAAGUGUCGUGAACUUUGCCGUGAGCUGUAUACAGUAUGAUAAUAUGAAAUAUAAUAUUUGGUAAUGAUUAUCUUUAUAUAACAUUAUAGAAAUAUAAUUUUUCUUUAACUUGAUUAUAAUGUAAGUCACAGAAAAAGAAAACUCGCUGAUAUUCCGCUUGGUCAUGACGUCACCAGGGGGCCUUUUACGUUAAAGCCCGGUAACACCGAUGUUGCUUAUCCGCCCCUGACUCUGACGACAGUAGUACAACAUGUUCGCGACAGUUACGACCGUAUGUAAAUCAGACUUGAGAAGGACAAAAGCUAGCUAUCCAGUAUAGAUAAAGUUAGUUUAGUUUUCUGAUUGAGAACUGUUGAAAUUGAAAUAAUGACAGAGUGAAUAUUUUUCUAUUUUCUAGACCUGGAAGGACGACCUCCUGCGAUGGAAUGCCAGUGAUUAUGGCGGACAAUCAGUUCUCAACCUUCGUCCAUCACGAAUAUGGACCCCUGACAUUGUACUCCAGGACAAGUAAGUCUUCACUACAGGGCUCAUCAGUCAGAAUACCAUCUUGGAUAUAACCAUGAAAAUCGUUCAAUGCAUGAUGCAGUAACAUCAAACAAAUCAGGAAUGAUGUUUUAUGAAGUUAUACCGAGAACAAUUUAAAAAGAUAGACAGCUUUACCUGAAUUCGACUGGGCUUUGUAAUUAUUUCCUAUUUAAACCAGAGUAGCGAGCGAAACAUGAUUGAUAUACCUGGUUGCAGUGAACGAACAAACUUUAAAGCUACAAAUCCCUUACGCCACAUUGAAACAUGAAUAAAAAAUGCCCACGGUAUUUUUUUUUGUAGUGUGAAAGGAGACGAAGGUCAUAUAUCCAAUGAGAAGUUCAGAAUCGCAGUGACUUUAGACGGGUAUGUAGCCUGGGCCAUAACAGCAAUCUUACACUCCGCUUGCCCUAUCGACGUCUCGAAGUUCCCUUUUGACAGGCAGAAAUGCAAGAUAAAGCUCGCGUCUUGGAGUUACGACGGGCAAGCGCUUGACCUACAGCUAGUUGACAACGAUGGCAUCGAUUUAGCGCAGCAUAAAGAGAAUUCGGAGUGGAAAUUGAAAUCAGUCACCUCUAAAAGGAACUCAGUGUACUAUAAAUGCUGUCCUGCACCGUUUGUUGAUAUAGAAUACAGUUUGGAGUUCGAACGUAAAGCAUUGUAUUAUAUCAUGACCAUUAUUAUCCCGUCCAUGCUCUUGUCCUUGCUCACUUGUGUUUCGUUCCUAUUUCCAGCCGAUUCAGGAGAAAGAGUUUCUCUUGUCAUUUCGGUGCUGCUCGGACUUGUCGUGUUCAUGCUUAUCGUGAACGAUCGUACACCGGUCACCUCCGAUGCGAUUCCGAUGGUAACUGAACUCUUUAUUUCCAUUGCUGCAACUACUGUGCUAGCUCUCCUGGCAACGGCCUUUAUACUUCGCUUAAAUCACGUAUCCUCAGGCGUGCCUGUUCCACGGUGCUUGGCAAAAAUCAGAGACUGCAUCGCGGUCGCAGUUUGCAUGAAGAAACCAUCACUUGCAAAGCGAGUGAAGUUCAAUUUUGAGGAGAUAUCAUUCAGCGAAUCGUCGGCACAAUACAUCAAUCUGCGGGAUUUCGCAGGCCAGAUUCCCGCCGGACGAAAGCCACUUACAGAACAGAAGAUCUUAGUCGAGUUACAAAAAUUAUCCGCGCAUUUGGAGGAGGAAAGUGUCGCGAGCGAGAUGAAAGAGGACUGGCACUAUACAAUGGAAGUCUUCGAUAGAUUGUUCUUCGUUCUUUUCUUUAUCAUAUUUUGCGCCUUCGCGGCGUACGUCUUUUCGUUUCAGUUCUAAACUAAAACUGUACUUCAUGGAGUUUAGAACUGGUAGAACUAUUCAUGUCGUAUAAACAAAGUUAACUUAGUUUAGUUUCGUAAAUAAUUGCACUUAGUCUAGCUUCAAACAAAGAAGGCGAUGAAUGACAAUUACCAGGGACGCCGGAACGAUGUGAAGGCAAGGGGGGCAGAUUUUCGUGAAAGGACACUUUUGAAUUGAUAUAUACUAGGAGAUGUUUACAAAACAUUGGGAGUUGAACUUCGCCUAAUCAUGUUUUCUAUUUAUUGGAUGAUAGGGGUGUGAGGGGAUUCUCCGCCAGGCGAUUGUGCUAUAACUGGUAUUCUUGAAGCUCGAUGACUGCAUUUCUUGCAUUUCUUGCGUUUCAGGCUGAAGCAAUUAAUUCGUAAAAGAAUUGCACUAACAUUUCGGACAAUUCGCUAUUUUGCCAAGGCAAUCCUUUAUAUUGAAAAGGCACCUUUGCCCCCCUUGCCCCAGCUGGUAAAGGACAAUUGGGCUAAUUUGUAAUCUCUAUGUCAUCUUAGCCUGAUAAUAACAAUCUGCAUAUAAUUGUUGUAGCCUAUUGAGUUCAUUUGCAAUCUAUAAUAUGGUGUAAUAUUAGUACUGGAAUUUUCAAUAUGGUUCAGUAAUUCAAAAUGUUAGAUCAUGUUGUACAAUCGGACCUCUCUACUACAGACAUAUUGAACUGAAAAACAUCAAGGAACACUGGGGACUGAAGACAGUAGACUCGAGUGUCCGAAACGUUGGGUCGUGAAUGCAUGAAGGUGGCCAGCGAAAAAUACUUAUGAGGCAAUUAUUUUAAAUGUCACGUAUUUAUAAUGAAUUAAAAGUGUUCAAAAUCUACAAUCGUUCCGGCGUUCCUCUCAAAAUUACUUUGUUCUAGCUUUAUUUCGUAGUUUACACAAUUAGUAACCUUUUUAAAUGUAUCUGGCGGUUGAGAAACACAAAAUAAUACAUUAAUAGUAAAAUAUUGUCAAUUUAAAUAUAAUUAUUAUUGUCCAUUGGCA